AUGGCGACGCAUCUCUUGCAGCGGCACCCCGAAUACGGCCUCAACCGCUUGCUUAAAGACGCUGCGAACGGCCACUACACCGACUUGUCGGCGGUCACGCGAUUUCUCCUCGCGGCUGGUAUCGGCAAUCCUCGCAAGUGCCUUUGCGACGUUGCCGGUCGUCGAGAGUGCGUGACGGCAAGCAAGAUUCUGCUGCCGUACUGCAUGGACCCGACCAAUUCUCUCGCCAAUGUCAUCUUUCUUCUGGAUCUUUUGACGCUGCCUCGCCGCCGCCGUGCGACCAUACGCCAGUUGAUCACACCCGAGCUCACGUUCCAAGGGCGCAAGGCUAGCAAGCAUGUUCAAGUAGACCCUGGCGUAGCAGCACGUGCGACGACGCUCCUGGAUUCUGGCCACGUGGUCGACUGGGCGUUGGCCAAUCUGAUUGGGCAUCUCUACGCGACUGACGAGACGGUUGCCAUGACGCGCCUGAAGGAAGGGAAAGAGUUGGUCGAGGAUGCUGAGCUCAAGGCGCAACUCAAUCACCUGCUCGGACAGAAGCGCCCGACUCGCUCAGAUUAG